AACGAUUAAGCCGACCCUUUCGACUGGUCUAACAUCCGUAACCAGAACACAUGCUUCUAGCACUGCGAUCUGCCUGAAUAGAAGCACCAUAGCUGUUUUGCCUCUUAACCGCCUGGAUCGAUGCGCUCGCGAGUUAUCGCCCGGUCAGGCAGGUAGCAGAGCCGACCUUCCGUCACUCUGCCGAGACGGUGAAGCCCGCAACCAAGCAACCUUGCAUACGCCAUGGGUUGGACUGCCUUCCUGUUGACCUACCUUCUCGGGGGCGUCACUUUUCUCCCUCUGGUCGUCGCCAUAGUCUUUGUCCAUGCCUACUUCAUCCUCCCGCGCCGCCAUCAUGAUGCCGACGCCUCGCAGGCCUCGGCCGGCGACGACGACCUGAUCCAGCCCGGCGAUGACAUCGAGGCCAUCAAGGCAGCGCAAAGGGAUGGGAUCAAGAACCGGGCGACAUAUCACGACCAAGAUGUCGCAGCUGGCUAUUUCGCUGUCUGCCGCGAGUACACACCAAUGGGGAUCAAUGCGAAACCGAUUGAACGUGCCACGCCUGUCGGUUCCGCCACGGUAGCAGCUCCCAGUCCCAGCGUCUACCAAACGAUGUAUCGCAGCAUCUUUGACCGGAAACAACCGCCGGGGCCGCUCGACAACAAGAACGGCGGGAGCCAGCGGCCCAAGAAAGCUGGUAACGUCUUUUAUGUCGUGCUCAGGCACGGCCACUUGAUGCUUUUCGACGACGACGAGCAAAUCGAAGUGCGGCAUGUCGUAUCGCUCGCGCACCACGAUGUCAGCAUAUACUCCGGGGAACCAGUGACUCCAGAAGGAGAGUUGUGGAUAAAACGCAACGCCAUCUGCCUCUCUCGUCGCAAGGAUAGUCCGGAUAUGGGCCCGGACACUCAGGUCUCCAAGCCGUUCUACCUCUUCUCCGAGAAUUGCUCGGCAAAGGAGGAUUUCUACUUUGCCUUGCUGAGGAACCAGGAGCAAACUGUCACCGCCGGAAACCGAGCUCCGACACCCAUCCAGUUCGACGUGAAGAAUAUCCUCUCCCUGGUUCAAAAGCUUCACUCUUCCGAGGAGCACUUGCAAACCAGGUGGCUCAAUGCCGUCAUCGGAAGACUGUUCCUGGGCAUUCACAAGACCAAGGACAUUGAGAACUUUAUCAGGGAGAAGCUGACGAAGAAGAUAUCUCGAGUCAAGAGGCCUGCGUUUCUGUCGAACAUUACCAUCAAGGCCAUCGACACCGGAGACUCUGCGCCUUACAUCACGAACCCCCGUCUGAAAGACCUAACGGUCGAGGGCGAGUGCGGGAUGGAGGCUGAUGUGCGUUACACGGGCAAUUUCCGGCUCGAAGUUGCAGCGACCGCGCGACUCGAUCUGGGUUCCCGGUUUACGAGAGAGGUUAACCUGGUCCUCGCCGUCGUCCUGCGAAAACUAGAAGGCCACGCGCUGUUCAAGAUCAAGCCCCCACCCAGCAACCGCAUAUGGUUUUCCUUCCAGCAAAUGCCGAAGAUCGAGAUGACCAUUGAACCAAUUGUCAGUUCACGACAGAUCACAUACACGGUGAUUCUGCGUCAGAUCGAGAAUCGCAUUAAAGAAGUCAUCGCCGAAACCAUCGUUCUGCCGUAUUGGGAUGACACACCCUUCUUCAGCACCGAGCACAAAAGGUGGAGAGGUGGCAUCUUCCACGACGACACCGUCAAACCAGCGGCCGGUCCCGAAUCUGCCGCGGCCCAAGAGGGAGACUUGGGCGAGGUGGAGCGACUCGAAGAAACACAUGGUAUCCAGGAGGAUAACCCCCCACACAUAGAGAAGAGCCACAGCGCGCCUGUCCUGGACAAGAAGCCAUCGUCGAUCAGCUUGUUUGGGAAGAAGGCGUCCAGCAAAUCGAGCAAACCUGAUAUGACGCCAUCGCCUUCUACGUCGUCAGCGAGCAUCGAGCUGAGCAAGAACGAGGCAAAGGGCGACAUAAGUUCCCCUCCUCCCGUAUUGUCCGCUCCCUUCGCCCAGCCUUCAUCUCCCACCGUGGGAACUAUCGCCACCAAUGCGGACCAUUUCAGGCCCUCAUCCUCACCCCCCGGCGGGGACUCGGCAUUGGCAGCUAUGGCAACGUUAUCUGCGACACCGCCCAGUGCACCGUCGCCAGCUCAGGCGCCCAAUAAUGCGAACCCAUUCAAGCCUUACAUAACUUCAAAAUCGUCCAAUAUAUCUUCUUCGGGCUCGUCUCGAGACGCUACAGACACCGAAAAGGACGUAGACAAAACGCCGCAGGCGCGACGAAACACUGCUUCGUCUACAGGAAGCCAGAGCGAUAAUGGGUCGCAUUCCCCGACUCCGUCCUCGCGAGAUUCCGUCCGCGGCCAGGCGAGCUCCAUGUCAAGGGCCUUGUUCAACCGCCGUGACACCGCGUCUUCGGUUUCUUCCGGGAUAAGUUCCCAAAGCGCCAAUGAGUCGCACAAGCGCAACGCCCUCAACGCGGUUGCCAAUGCAGCGGCAUCCGCCAAACGAUGGGGUCUCAACGCCUUUCAACGCCGUGGCAACGAUGACGCGGCCGCGAACCACGGUAAUUCCGGUGAAAGUGCUCCCGUGGUUGAUCUCAGCCAGCCCAUGGGGCGCGGCCAGCCGCUCCCACCGCCCGGAACUCCACUCCCCAUGCCCGAGAGGAAGACAUCGACGGCAGCAAUACAGGUUUUCAAGAGAAAGCCAGUCAGCGCGCCCCCGACGGACCGCCAUUCUGAACCUUCACAGCAUGCAACCGAGCGUCGGCCGGUCCCACCCCCGCCUCUUCCGAAGAGACGGCAACCCCAGCCUGAGCAGGAUGGGGAAGAUAAUGGUAUGCUCGUAGUUACCGCGCCUGCAGACUCGGAACCGACAACUCCACUGAGUGCCACGCACAACCCUUCGGACGGCCCUCAAAUGCAGGGCGAAGUGGCCAGGGACCCUGGAGCACCGUCGGGUUCGAACGGCACAACAACUAGUGCCCCGGUAGGCUUAGGAGUUUCAACACCUGCAGAAGCCACCGAAAGGGAAGCGGACCACCCGGAUGGCGCGACCGGGACGCCAGACUCCGCCGACGACGAGGACUACUCCGCAUGGAUGGUUGAUGACCCGGAACCCGGGGGGGUGGAUGUUUCCACCGGUACACGGGCAACUUGAGCUCAACGCGGUUGUUUUGGAAUCUGUAGUGUCACACAGCCUUGGGAGUUACGGCGUCAAGCAUGGCGUAUUCACUAUUUUUAUGAUUUGAUACUAGGCAUACACGGGGUGCACACAGAUUUCCUUUCAACUGUCAGGAACAUGGGCGCAACUAUGGAUUGGUCAUGGUUUUAGUCUAAUGUAUUUUCAUGAGCCAUCUUGUCUUCUCGCUUGGCCAUUGUCGUGUCCGAACCAGAACAGCCCCC